GGAGUUAAGUUACGUUACGUAGGUAUUCGAAUUGCGAAUUGUCCGUUCGCCGAGUUCUCGCCCGCCGUCACCAAGUAAGCGAACAGUCAGUGCCGCGUCGACCGCCGCGCGAUACGCACAUACGUGACAGCGACGAGUCGCGCCACCCUGUGUGCCUGUGCCCUGUGUUGUAGCUCAAAAGUACGUAAACAAAUCACAUUAACUCAGUGUUGAGCCAAGUGAGUUGAGCAGUGCGGUGCAGCGCAACGCGAGCGUGCCCCGGACUGGUCCGCCGUGUGACAGUUUGGAAUCUGUUGCAUUUUGCAGGGCGUCCACAGUAUAUUAGGCGUGACAGCAUGUAGCGGACAGUGUGUUACAAAAAUAAACCAGUGUUACACGCAGCGACAAGAUGGCCGACAUCCUCGAGAACGACAGCGCGGUCGACGAAGAAGUCGGCUACGAAUACGAUACGACGAAAAUCCCAGAAAUCGUGACCCCUGAUGAUAUGAACGAGUCGGGAUACCAAGAAGGCUCUGAAAAGAGUUAUGGUGAGAGACGGGAUUCUAAGGAGGGAUUCGGCGGAGAAGGGGACUCGGAUAGUGGAGUCGAUGGGGUCAGCAGCGGGUGUAGUACAGCGGAUGACUGCCCCGUUGUCUCCAUAAACGAUGUGGUGGCUUACUACGAUGAUAUCAGGCCGAGGAGGCGACACGCCCCGCAGCUCAAUUUCUACAAUUUGGACAUCGAACGGAUGGCUUUGGACGCUGCUGCUCAGAGCGAGUCAUCAUACACGUCGUCCGAAGAGGGCUGCGGUGGCGGCGAGCGGCACGCGGUGCUCAGCUACGAGCAGGUGCGGCGACUCAACGACGUCAUGGACGAGGUCGUGGCCAUCCACGGGCGCGGCAACUUCCCCACGCUGCAUAUCCGCCUGCGGGAGCUGGUCGCCGGCGUGCGAGCCAGGCUCGCCGCGCCCCCCAGCUCCGGCGGUGCCGGCGUCACCGUCAGGGAUGUCCGGCUCAACGGAGGCGCCGCUUCACACGUACUCGCCGACCGCGCCCAGCCCUACUCCGACAUCGACCUCAUCUUCACCGCCGAACUACCCACCGCGCGUCACUGUGACCGCGUCAAAGCUGCAGUAUUAGGGCAUCUAGCCACCCUCCUCCCACCCGCCACGCCACGCCGCCGUGCCACUCCCGCCGGCAUCAAGGAAGCCUACGUCUCCAAAAUGGUCCGCGUCAACUCCGAUGGUGAUCGCUGGUCGCUCAUAUCGUUGGGAAACUCGCGCGGUCACAAAACGGUGGAGCUCAAAUUCGUGGACACGAUGCGCCGCCAGUUCGAAUUCUCCGUGGACUCGUUCCAGAUCGCCCUGGAUUCGCUGCUUGCGUUCCACGAGUGCGCUCAGCUUCCUAUCGGUGAAAACUUUUACCCCACUGUCGUGGGGGAAUCCGUGUAUGGGGACUUUGGAGAAGCGCUGCUGCACUUAUCGGAAAAGUUGAUCGCGACGCGGCAGCCUGAGGAAAUCCGCGGCGGCGGCUUGCUGAAGUACUGCGCGUUGCUCGCCAAGGCCUACCGGCCGGCGCGCCCUGACAAGAUCAAGACCCUGGAGCGCUACAUGUGCUCGAGGUUCUUCAUCGACUUCCCAGAGCUUGGCCAACAGCGCGCCAAGCUCGAGGCCUACUUGAGGAACCACUUUGUCGGUCGGGAUGAGGAGGCGCUAAAACACAGGUACCUGACGCUGCUCCACGGCGUGGUGCGCGAGUCGACAGUGUGCCUGAUGGGCCACGAGCGGCGGCAGACGCUGGCGCUGAUCGAGGCGCUGGCGUGCCGCGAGCUGUGCGCGCGCGCUGCGCUGCUGGUGCCCGGGUACGUGGUGGGCGUGUGCGCCGCGUGCGCUGCGUGCGCCGCGUGCCCCGCGUGCCCCGCGUGCCCCGCCUGCGCCGCCGCCGUCUGCGCCGACUGCUACCGUCCCGCGCUCUGCCCCGCGUGACCCCGCUAGCGCUAGGACACACACCGACCGAUGAAUUUAGUGCCAAAUGUAUAUAAUACGGAUAGAGAGAUGCGUGCGGCCGGUCCCGGACCACGGAACGUCGGAAACUUUGGCAACCAUCGCGUCGACGCGGGCUUCGAGCCCGCUCUGCUCUCUGUCAAUUCGUCUCGCUCAGUAUACCUACUCCGAUCAAUUCCGCACGUCAAUUGCCGAGCGGCGGCCCGACUCGGCCCGGCCGCCGACGUUCCGCGACGAGUGAAGUAAUUUCUAGUCGUACUCCUUUCGUGUUGACCGCUUAAUAUGUUAGCAGUACGAAAAUUAUCUUUCACGAUGACUACGCGUUGUUAGAGAGUGAAACCGAGUCGAUGGUCUGCCUAUAAAAAAAGACUAGUUUGUUAAUUUUAAGCUUUUUAUUAUUAUAAUUAAAAAUGUAUGUCUCCGUAAAUGUAGAAGCAUGUCUCUCGCGAUCGAUGUGACGACGAAGCGCUCGGUCGCCCGACAAUAUGGUGUACGGGCGCAGCAUCAGCACCAGCGGCGCCGGCGCCGGCCUAACUGAUCAAAUCGCAGGAUUAUGAUUCGGUAGCGACUUUUAAAAGUAAAAAGAAACGAGUCCGACCUUGCCCGAUGGCCUUUUAGCGCGAGAAGUUCCGUUCUAUUUAAAUUAACGUUCGACCGGCAGUCGCAAUCGAAGCACGGAGCUGGGAGCCAGUAGCCAGCCGAUCCGGACGCCCCGCUCCAACGGGGAUAUAAUAAAAACUAUUUUACUACGUGUUUAUUGAAUCUAAAAUGUAUGUAUACACUUCUCCUUUCGGGAUCGCUCUAGUAUUGUAUACGGCUUGGCAUACGAAGUAACAAAUUAAGAUUAAAACUAUUAUAAAACGAAAAAUGAUAAAACCAAAAAAAAAUAUGUAGCACUAAGGUGUGUACAAUAUUAAAGUUCACUCGUUAUGUAAUAAUGUGUUUGAAUAAUGAAAAAACGCUAUAUAAAUAUUUUAAGAACAUUUACAAGUAGCAAAGGCAUGUUAGUUACACACAGAGUACUUAUGAAGGUGUUUUAUUAACUUCCACUCGAUUGAACAGACGAACAGUAGAUUGUAUGAGAAUAAAAAAAUGUGAUUUAAUUUUUGUAGAGAUAAUCUGUUGUCGAAGAAUAUUAUAUAUACCUACUUACAUUAUUAUGUAGAUUAAAUCCAAUAGAGAGACAUAUUAUUAUUGUUGUAUUUUAAUGAUUAUAGAUUAUAUGAACGAUGCGAUGGUGUAAACAAUGUCCGGCCAAAAUGUGCAUGUUUUAGAUAAAUUUGCCAAUGCAUUAUAUUCAAGUUAAAUAUAUGAAAAACUAAUUUAUUAAAAGCGAUAUUUAACUAACUGUUUGAACCGUGGACACUAAAUCAAAAGAAAAUGGUAAUAACAAUAUCCUGUUACAAUGCAACGGCCACAGAUCUAAGAUUUUCGAUGGAAAUUCAUUUCAGUGUCAGAAAGACUUUGAAAAAAACAUCGUUAUUGAUAAAUUAGUAAAUCCUAUAUAAAUAUUGUAUACAAAAUAAUGCAUGGAAUUCUUAUACGGCUUGAAGUAAGCAGUUUUAGGCCCGUAUUAUAGAAAGAUUAGUGAUUGAUCUAGUCUUGAGCAUAGUUAGAAAGUGAUGCCGCUAUGUGCUAUAUAUAGCGGCAUCCCUUUCUAACUGUAGUCAAGUAGAGAUCAACACUUAGUUGUCAUUCUGUAAUACGGGCCUUAGUCUUUUUAUCUAAUAGUAGAUAUUAACAACCGGAGUAAAAGUACAAUUCGCUUCUAGAAUAAUCUUAUAGUUAUACUUCGGAACAACUUAACGACCUGAUUGAACGAAUUUCCGACUUGCUCACUAUCGAACCAAAAUUUGCGAUCUCAUUUGUUUAUAUUGAAUCACUGAAACUACACGCGCCAUUCGGCAAACUAUUCGACGCGUUACUCGCUAGCUUGAAGGUCCUCUGCUUCGUUUUACCCAUGAUAUUCUACUUACAGUCACAUAUCAAAGUUUUGAGUGCCCGAUUAGAAUUUAAUUGGAGGAUAUCAAAUUUAGAUUCAUCCUCUAAAACCUUGUCACAACAUUCGAUCGAUCUUCGUUGCAAACAUAUUGGUGCUGCAACACAAACAAAGCAUGGGCGAAACGAAAUGCAGUGCCUUCCAAUCGUUAUUAAAUCUUAUUAGUCCUAGUUCACAGUCGUAUGUACUUAGAAGUAAUUGAAGUACAUAAAUAUACAUAAAGGAAUCUAAAAUAUAUUCCAUUAACUUGUUAUAGGAGUGAAUGUAAGUUAAUUAUCACUAGUGUUAUGUCGCUGUAUCGGACGGACGUCUAAGUUGUGAUUUGUAGUCUUUUUGACAGGUAUUUUUAUUGUAAUCUUUAUUAUUAUCAUAAUUAUUGUAACUGUGAUUGUUAACUAUGUCGUAUAGUACAGCUAUUGGCAGAACUACCUCCUGGCGUGAAAUAAGUUGAUCGGGGUGAAAAUGAUUUGUGACUAUUUCUUUGAGACUCGCACAUUUCGAUGGCACUGGUUAAUAAUUUACUUACACUAAGAGAGAUGAAAGAGCAUCUUGCAUUUGUCAUUUUCAGAUAUCUCAGUGUGUAAAUUAAUAACUAAGUAAGAGUUGGUCUCAGCAUAUUUGUGAAAAGAAUUAAAGAUUAUAAAAUUUGCCGAGACUAUUAUGGAGGAAGACAGCAUUUCGCCUAUUCUGGCUCAUCCAGAUUACACAAAUCUGUGGUUGUUAUCACAAGGAGUUUGAAACUUUUUUCGGUCAAUAUCUCGUGAUGAAAUACUGUCG